CAAAUAUAAGGUCUGUACCUAUAUACUUUACAUCGCUUUACAUGACUUUACAGCCGGCCCGGCGAGUCAUCUCCCCGUACGCAUGUAUCGGAACGAGAAUAAAAACAUAUCUGUGCAAUAGUUACGAUCUCUCCCAGAAAGCUAUUCGGCGUGUGAAAAAAAGUGCACGUAAAAAUGUCUCAGUAAUUCAUUAAUCGAGCUUUGCCAAGCUCGAAGAUGAGACGAGGAGAUCGCGGAUUGUUCGAAUUUCUAGUUUGUUGAUUUUAUGUUAUAUCAUAAAGUAUCAUGGCGUCUAAAAUCCAUGUGGACAACACGGUGAAUGAACGACGUUUACGUCCGAUUUACGACUGGCUGGACAGCGGGAACAAUAAAAAGGCUCUUCAGGAGGCGGACAAGGUGUUGAAGAAACAUCCCACCAAUCAAUGUGCCAGGGUGUUAAAGGCUUUGGCCUUGUUACGUCUCGGCAAGGAGAACGAAUGUCUAGUUAUCAUCGACAAAGUACGAUCCGAGGUGCCAUGCGAGGAUUCCACACUACAGGCAAUGAGUAUCUGUUACAGAGAGAUACGACAACCUGACAAAAUUAGUGAAGUUUACGAAGCUGCCGCAAAAAUGGAUCCUAAUAAUGAGGAGCUUCUUACGCAUCUUUUCAUGUCGUAUGUUCGUCUUGGUGAUUACAAAAAACAACAGCAAACUGCUCUUACUUUGUAUAAACUAAAACCUAAGAAUCCGUAUUAUUUCUGGGCUGUAAUGAGUACAGUGAUGCAGGCUAUUCAUGCGGAUCAAAAAUUAGCAAAAGGAGUUAUCUUGCCUCUGGCAGAAAGAAUGGUUCUAAAAUUAGUGAGAGAAGGAAAGAUGGAAGCAGAACAAGAGGUACAGCUCUAUUUAAUGAUUUUAGAACUGCAAGACAAAAAUGAAGAAAUUUUAAAUAUAUUGUCUAGUCCAUUAGCUUCUCAUCUUUCGUAUGUGCCACAACGAAAAGCUACAAUUUUAUUAAAGCUGGAGCGUUUUCCAGAAGCUGCGAAUGCAUACCGUGAACUUAUAAAAGAGAACAGUGACAAUUGGGCAUUUUACCAAAAUUAUCUUUCGGCAGCUUUGAAGUUUCAAAAACCGACAGAAUGUUUAGAUUUUUUAAACAACAUUAUCAAUACAUCUGAAAAGAAAAUUCGGGCGCCGUACUUGGCUCGUCUAGAUUUAUUGGAACGUAUUCGUGACAGCGAGGAUUCACAGUGCAGUUUGCAAUCUGUGGACUUUAUGCGUCAAUAUUUUUUGCAAUUUGGAGAAAAAGGCUGUGUAGUUAACGAUUUGCGAUUGUAUCUUCACAUACUUACACCAAAAGCCAAACUGGAACUCCUUGAAAAACUCGAGGCAGACGUUGGCGUUAAACAAGAUGAGUUUCCAGUUACUGUACAGCAAAUACAAAGACACAUUCACUUGGAACAAUUGCGACGCAUUUCUGGCUUCCAUCAUCCGCCUUUGGCGGACAGAGAGAAACAGGAAAAAUUAGUCCAGCGACUAUGUGAUUUAUAUAAGAAGGGUAACGAACUGUGUCCAAUGCAAGACAGACUGCAAACUGACUUUUCCCCAACCGAUCCGUACGUUUUGUUAGCUACGCAUCUUCUGCAUCAGUUGUGGGUUGACACUGGUGACGCAUCUUUUCUUUACAGAGCGUUGUCGUUAUUGGAACACAGCCUCGUAUCGAGUCCUGUAAAUUUUCAUAUCAAAAUUUUGCUUGUACGUAUAUACUUGGAAGCUGGUUUAGUGGGUGCGGCUGAUCACGCGUUUGCAUUGCUGGACGUAAAGCACCUUCAAUUAGAUUCUCUGGGCCACCUACAUGCACCUCUUCUCGCGCCUCUCGGCAAUUUGCUUCUGGCCUCGACAACUCUCGAUCAUACAGCGAAAUUUUUCAUAGCUAGCUAUAAAGAUAGUGCCGACCAUUUAACAUUUGCGUAUAAAUAUGGGAGUUUUAUAAAAAUUCAAGAAUUCGUUGAGUUAAGAGAACGCCUAGAAAAUUCAUUUCACUUUGCUAUGACGACGAUGGACAAAAUGCUGCUUGAUUUAUGUUGGUGUAACAGCACUACUUCUUUGCUUUCUACUUUGAAUAGUAUGCAUAUAGAUCCGCACAUCGAUUCCAUUAGAUGGGCAUCUCUUCGGGACAAUAGAGAUCUGGAGGUUGUACGCGGAUGGGAACCGAUCGAUCCAAACGAGACGGACUCACGUAUGCAGGAAGAUACACGAUUGUGUAUGUUAAAGUUGCUCUCGGCGAGAAACGCGAUACUACGGAUUUUGGCAGCGAGCGCCCAGUCGUCCUCUAUUUUUCUUACUCAAAUAUCUUCCGAAUUGAAGGAACUAGCUGAAGAAAUUAUCCCGAAAACUUUAGAGAAAUUCGACACAAACGGGAAACGGAAUAAACCGUGCAAGCUGUUGGUUCCGUUGGAUGCUGUGGAAAGAUUGCGCGAAGCUUAUUAUUCCGAACAAUUAAAGACUAUAGCGUGCCUUGCAAAAUCACUUGCUGCUCACUCUCAUUGCCCGGACUUCGAUUGCAUUCAAAUGCUGCGAACAGCUCCUUGUUUGCAACCGCUACCUAUUCCCGAACGGAACACGCCGGUUUCAUUCAAAAACUUCUUACUCAGAGCCUCAACUUGCAGUGAAUCCUUAGCGAUUAUUACCGCCAUAUGCAGCGUGUGCGCCGUACAAACGCAACCACAUAUUUCGCACAAGAAAAAUAAAAAGAAAUGCAAUAAAAUUGAAUCGGACGUAAUAAAUGAGAUCAAGACUUGGAAGGAAGUGGCUGUAAUACUAACGGAAAAGGUUGAAAAUUUAGAUGCGGUUUUAACAGAAUUUCAGAAAUACGAGUUAAAAACAGGAUUGGACGAGGAUGACGAUGUUCACGUUGCUAUUAAGCAACGUGGGCAAGCGAGUCUCAAGCAAAGCUGCGGAUCUCUCAAAUCUCGCACGCAGCCCAUAUUAAGGCUUCUAAGUAAUUUAAAGAGCUGAAACUAUUUGACUAAUUUAUACUUGUAUAAAGUAUAUCUUUGUCCGUCUAUUUUAUGAUUUUCAAAAAUGUCUUGAUAAAUCUGUACAUAAAAUUUAGCCUCAUUAUUAUACAGAUGAAUGAAUGACUGGAUUUACUGAUGAUUAAAAUACCUAUCAUCAUCUUUGUCGAAAAUUAUAUUGUGCAGUUAUUUUAAUAUACACACUAUACACCAUGAGCAAUCUUGUACGCUUACGAUAUAUCUUCGAGUAAGUUGGCAGUAUAAAAAUUUCGAUUCGCACAAAUCUCUGGAACUUUAUAGAAUUUUUACGACACUUAUAAACAUCUGUCGAUUUACGUAUUUUAUUAACUCUAUUUAUUUCUUUUUUUUAAGUAAUUACUAUAUGUAUAUCGGUACACAUACGCGCACAAAAUCUCGAUUUAUGAAAAGUUAUAAAUUAAUAACACAUAAAAAAAACAUUGAAAAAUAGUAAUAUACUAGUGGAUAUCUCAUUCUUAUAUAGUUUGCGUAUCAACGAAAGUUUGAUGUGAAAUCAAACAAUUAUCUUGUUCGAUUAUAAAUCAUUUAAUAGUAAUUGCAAAAAAGUAAUUACACGAUUGUUUAUUGACAUGUACAUAAUGUUGUGAACGAUUAUACUCUCUAUUUUCUCUUUCUCUUUCUCUCUGGAUCCAUUAAAGUCCUCUAAUUUUUGUCUCGAUAUUAUAAUAAAAAUACUUUUAUUUACAAAAAGAUCAUACACACAUUAUCUAUACUGUUUAUAUACACGAUAUAUAUACAUACAUGUGUUAUAUACAUGAUACAAGUCAAUCCCAUCGGAUCAAAACGAAUCAAAUUUUAUAUUUUCUGAAGACAAUGCAAUCUUAAGAGAAUAUAUCUCUCUAGUAAAGUAAGUUUAUGUAAAAAUUCAAUUUAUUUGAAGGAAAAAGAAACGGAACAAACCUUUUAAAUAAAUAAUCAAAGAUUGAGAAUUUUUAUGCUGCAAAUCUGACGAAUUUAUUCAGAUUUAUGUAUUAUUUCUGUCAUUUUAUAUAAUAGAGUAUUUUUUAAUAUAAUAGGAUUUUAUCCACUGUCAAUCUAUGUCGUCAUACAAAUAUUGAAAGACAAUGUCGCUAUCGUUAACGUUGUUUCGCAGACGUCAAAAAUUGUAUAUUUGUCGAAAAUUAAUUUCUGUACAAGAAAAAGUGCAUAAAAAAUAAAAAAGAAAACGACAGCGAUAUUGUUAUCAGAGGACAAAGAAUUGUCGUAUUUUUUCAUCUACGUAUAUUUCAAGCGAUGUACCUGUAUUUUCUUUGUAGCAGGUAAUUAAACACUUUCGCAAUCAUG